UCCUUUGCGUGCGCAAAAUGCGCAUUGGGAACGUGGUCUCCACUUGAUGUAGUGGCUGAUCCGUGGUCCGCUGGAGGCUCUCCUGCGUGCAGACUCGUAAACGGAAGAUCAUCUCUCUCGGUGCGCAGAGGGGACAUGGGUCAGCUUUACGGUGCGACUCUUUUACCAUUUGGCGCUAUCUGUGUGGUUUUCCUGUGGGAAUCUGGUGCCAGCUCUAUCAGGACGACGCUUGCAGUGGACACCUCGAGAGCUGAGUGUCCAGAGAGUAAGAUCCUGACCGUGGAGUAUCCCUGUGUCCGAGCAGGAGGCAAGAACAGCACUUGUUUCAGGAGAAAAUGCUGUGAGGGGUUCCGGUUUGUGAUGGGCCAGUGUAUUCCUGAAAGUGUAGACGUGUGCGCUGCGUCACCGUGUGAGCAGCAGUGCACCGAUAACUUCGGGAGAGUCGUCUGCACGUGUUACCCCGGUUACCGCUUUGACAGAGAAAGACACCGCAGCCACAAAUCUCCUUACUGUCUAGACAUCGAUGAGUGUGCGCUGUCGGGCAGCAGUGACUGCGAUCACGAGUGUGUGAACACAGUGGGGAGCUUCCUGUGUCGCUGUCGCAGCGGCUACGUGCUCGCACCAGACCAACGCUCCUGCAUCCCCGUACACAACUUGAGUUCCUCUGGAAAGUCCGACACCUCGAUGAGCGCCGGCACUUGCUCGUUCACCUGUCAAGAUUUUAUGAACAUGAAAAACAGUUUGCUGCAGCUCAAGCUGAGGCUGGGAAACACACAGUCGCCAAACCAGGUACCUGGUCUGGCUAACAGCAGUGACAAACCAUCCCUGGGGAGGACAGGAAAAAGUCCCGAUAGCCCUUGUCUUCCUGGUUUGCCGGGCCCUUCAGGAGCUCCUGGGGUCCCUGGACACCCAGGGCAACCUGGAAAGAAAGGAGACCCAGGAGAGAGAGGUCUGUCUGGUCCACGGGGAGACAUGGGACCCAUGGGUCCAGAACCUGACAUGAAGCAUAUCAAAAGAGGCCGCAGGGGGCCAGUGGGACCACCUGGAGCAGCAGGAAGAGAUGGAAUAAAGGGUGACAGAGGAACUCCAGGUCCCAGAGGACCACCUGGACCUCCCGGCUCCUUUGACUUCCUCCUUCUAAUGAUGGCCGACAUCCGCAAUGACAUCAUUGAGCUGCAGGAGAAGGUGUUUGGGGAGCGGCGGGGUAUCUCUCUGGACAGUCCGCCUCAGUCCAGCGGGGAAGUGGAUUUUGUGGAGUGGGGCUCUGGCCAAGGCGAUGUAAUGACCAAUACCUGACCUCUGACCUCCCGUUCCAGUGACAGACACUGACAUACAGCCAAACAGUCCCUGAACUUGACUCUUUUCUUUAGAGUGCCAUCAUGUAAAUAAUCCUUCGAAAAACCAGAGCUGGGAUGAACUGGACAAGUAGCCUCAUUUUAGACUGUGCCAAACUGCUGAGCACUGUCUCGCUACCAUUGAUAUGCUGUGGUGUGAGGGAGGGACGUGCGUGCAGGACACAGAGUGAGAAAGACACAGUGUGAGCCUUCAUGUCUGAGCCUCUGAGCUCAACCACUUCAAACGAUGGACUUUAUCGUCUACAUCUCUUCCUGGUCCUAAAUCUGUUCAUGGAAGCUCUGCAGUCGCUGACAGUUUGCCUGCGGGGCAUCGGCAUGAAAACCCAGGACCUGCACUGUGAGCCUCCCGUGCACCUGACUGCCAUAUCCAACCUUCAAGUCUGAGCUUCUUUCUUUUUUUACCUUGGGACUUAAACAUAAACAUAGUCACCUCAUUCAAGAGUACAGGAAAUCCCAGUGUUGCACUGUUGGACUAAAACAGUAAUGGCUGAUGCUGGUGCUGUUCAAAACUGUCCCAUUAAACAACACUAAUUCACGUAUAAUGAAACAGUACGUGCAGCAAAAUGUUU